GUAUAAAGACCGGCUAUCACCGGUCCUGUAGGGUUUAGCCCCGGCUGCAGCCGGUCACUCCCCUCCAAUUUCCGCGCUGUAUAAAAGUCGGCGAACGGAGGGCUGCCGUUCGUUUCUCCGAUUAUUGCUCCUGCGAAGUCACUCUCUUUUUUUUUCGCCUCGCCCGUUUCCUGGUCCCGAGAAAAAUUCGUGUUUUCCAGAGCUGGCGCUGGAGAGCUAUUUGGAUCAUCCAGCCCAUCAAGGGAAUGCCCCAUCAAUGGUGCAUCCUCGGAUGGCACAAUCUCCUUCAUCAUCUGGCAUCUUUUUCCAAGGGGACGGUGGACAGUCACACGGAGUUGGGAAUCCCCACUUGUCCUCGUCAUUUUCAAACUCAUCAAAUUUAAUACACGGGAGUGCAGGACGGUCAAACCUUGGUCAUGUGUCCGGAGACGCCGUUUUGAACAGUGUGGCAAGCUCGGGUCCUAGUGUCGGGGCAAGUUCUUUAGUCACUGACGCAAACUCACCACUUUCUGCCGGUCCCAAUAUUCAGAGAAGUGAUUCUUAUAUGCGUUUGCCCGCGUCCCCCAUGUCUUUCACAUCGAAUAAUAACAUCAGUAUCUCUGGAUCAUCCAUCAUCGAUGGAUCAAAUCAAGACCCAAUAAACACUCAGCAAAAUCACCGAGGAGGAUCUAGUGCCACGUCGUCGUUGCCCGCUUCAAGGAUAGGUCAGGUGCAACUGCCAAAUGGGGCAGGAUUGAGAGGUAACGGUUCUUUCAUUCAAGAUCCUACAAUCUCCCAGCUGCAAAAGAGACAGCGGAUGGAGAUGAAGCAGGAAGACAUUCUGCAGCAACAAGUUCUGCAACAGUUACUGCAACAAAGGCAAGACCAGAUGCACCUUCAGAACCCCAACCCACAAUUUCAGGCAUUGAUUCAACAGCACAGGCUAAGGCAACAGCAGCAACAAAUUUUGCAGUCUAUGCCAGUGGCACAGCGAAACCAGCUGAUACAGCAGCAACAACACCAGUUGCAGUUGAGACAACAACUUCAACAAGGAAUGCAGAGUGGUUCUGCUGCUGUGAAACGGCCCUAUGAUUCCGGGGUUUGCUCUAGGAGGCUAAUGAAAUACUUGUAUCAUCAGCGCCAAAGGCCUCCCGAAAAUUCCAUUGCCUACUGGAGGAAAUUUGUGGCUGAGUAUUACUCUCCAUGUGCAAAGAAAAGGUGGUGCUUGUCAAUGUAUGAUAAUGUUGGUCAUCAAUCGUUAGGGGUCUUUCCUCAGGCAGCUAUGGAUGCCUGGCAGUGUGAGAUUUGCAAUUCCAAAUCUGGAAGAGGAUUUGAGGCAACAUUUGAAGUUCUUCCUAGACUAAAUGAAAUUAAAUUUAGCAGUGGCGUUAUUGAUGAGCUUUUGUUCCUGGACAUGCCUCACGAAUAUCGGUUUCCAACCGGGAUAAUGUUGUUAGAGUAUGCAAAGGCAGUUCAGGAAAGUGUUUAUGACCAACUCCGUGUUGUUAGGGAGGGUCAGCUUCGCAUAAUUUUCACCCCUGAUUUAAAGAUAUUAUCCUGGGAGUUUUGUGCACGGCGCCAUGAAGAACUUUUACCCAGGAGAUUAGUUGCGCCACAGGUGAACCAAUUGCUUCAAGUUGCACAAAAAUGCCAGACCACAAUAUCAGAAAGUGGACCCGAUGGGGUUUCUCAGCAGGACUUGCAAGCAAACAGCAAUUUGGUUGUAACGGCUGGACGCCAGCUCGCCAGGAGUAUGGAGUUGCAAUCAAUAAAUGAUUUGGGAUUUUCCAAAAGAUAUGUGAGGUGCUUACAGAUAGCUGAAGUUGUAAAUAGCAUGAAAGACUUGAUGGACUUCUGCAGGGAUCAGAAAGCAGGGCCUCUUGAGAGCUUGAAGAAUUUCCCACGACACGCAACUGCAGCUAAGCUUCAGAUGCAAAAGGCGCAUGAAGCGGAGCAGAUGGGACCCAAUGAUCGCAACAAGCAGAUAAUGGAAAUGCAACCGGGUGCGGUACAUAACGGUCAAAUGGGCAAUACCAACAAACAAAUGGUUAACCGCGGAGGAGGAGUAGACUCAAGCGGGGGUGGCCCUUCAGCAGCACAAGCACCCAAUAACAACAAUAAUAAUAAUCAUAACCAUUACCAGAAUAUGUUGGUACGUCAGAACUCAAUGAGUACUAACGCUACCAAUUCUGCAGUCAAACAGGAACAAUCUUCUUUGCUCAACCAAACGCCGCUUCAAGGACAACCAAACGGCGUCUUUCUGACAUCCACCAAUGUCCAACAACAGCAACAACAACCUCAGCAGCAGCAGCAACGUUUGAUGAAUCAGCAGCAGCACACGAACAACCAGGUGGUACAACAGCAAAUCCUCCAGCAGUUGCUGCAAGAUAUUAACAGCAGUGGAAACGUGGCGGGACCCGUAUCCGCGCUCAGGAACAACAGUUUCAAAGCAGCAGCAGCUUCUAACAGCGAGUCGUCAGCCACCCCCAACAAUGGGUUCCCUCAGAGCAUGGGACACAACAAUCUUCAUAUGUCUGAGGAUAUGUUGCCCGACAUAUCAUCGGAUUUCACAGAUAGCUCGUUUUUCAACAGCGAUCUUGACAAUAAUAUGAACUAUGGAUGGAAAGCGUGACCAGUAGCUAACAUUUGGCCUUAGAUGAGAACUACUUUGGCAUACAUAUUUGUACAGCUUGCUUUAAACAUUACACUUCCCUUCUCUCUCUCUCCCUCUCCUGCCUGUUUUAGUAUGUUCUGCUGUGGAGAGUAGCUGUGUGUACCCUGCUAGGUGUGCUUUUUUUCUUUUUUGAAAUCUCAUUUUAUCGAAUUUUCUCUCUUGCAAGUGUAAUCUACGGAGAUAUGAACUCAUCAACUUUAAUUUGGUAUUAACAGAGGGAUUGUUCACUUCUGUUCAUUAUUACAUGCCUAUGGUGAGGGUAUUUUG